GGAUAAUCAAAUUGUUGACGGACUUCACAGCGAUCGGUCGGAUAUCAGUGAAAUAUUUUUGGAUAAAAGUGUUUAAAGUGGAUAGUGCAUUCCCAAGGAUUAAUCAUGUUAACGUGGACACUGUGGUGCGGUUUGCUGUUCGUCCUUUGGAUAUACUUUCUGUGGAGUCGUCGGCGAUUUUACUUACUCGCCCUCAAAAUACCCGGACCUAUUGGAUACCCCAUUCUGGGCAUGGCCCACAAGCUGAUGCGCAGGGAAGAUAUACUGAAGGAAUUUGGAAUUUAUCUGGCCAAGCAUGGCCCCACAAUAUUCUCGUGGCUGGGACCCAUUCCGUUCAUGAUCGUCAGCGAUCCGCAAGUGGUGCAGGAUAUCCUCACAUCGCCUCACUGCGUCAACAAGGGCAUCAUCUACAAGGCCGUGGACGAUGGAGCUGGCGUGGGAUUGUUCAGUUUAAAGGAUCCUCGCUGGAGUGUGCAUCGCAAGAUGCUGAAUCCUGCAUUCGGCCACAAAGUGUUGCUCAGCUUUCUGCCCAUUUUCAACAAGGAGACGGCACAGCUACUCGGCCAGCUGGAAACAUUGCCCGGUGGCGGUGAGCAGGAUUUGAUUCCGCUGCUGCAGAGCCUGACCUUGGGCAUUGCAACGCAAACCACAAUGGGCUGCGAUGUGAAGUGUGAGGAGAAUUUCAAGAGCAACUCCCUCAUGGAGCGCUAUCAAUGUUGUCUAGAAACCAUGACAGAUAUGUGCUUCUCGCCCUGGCUGAACAGUCGUUGGGCCCGCCAGCUGGCUGGCAAGGAGGACAGCUAUCAUCGAGCCAAGACGGAGAUUCGAGCGUUCAUAAGGAAGCUUAUUCAAAAAAGAUUGGCAGAGGACACGGAGGACUCCAUCAAGUCAAAGGAUAAGAACAUUUUCCUCAACCUGGCGACUGACCUACUGAGGCGCGGUGUGUUCAGCUUGACAAAUGUCGAGGACGAGUCCAAUGUGAUUGUCUUUGGUGCCUUUGAGACGACCGCCAAUACCGUGUAUUAUAUUCUUAUGCUGCUGGCCAUGUUCCCUCAGUACCAGGAGCGGGCGUUUGAAGAAAUCAAAAGUUUGUUCCCCGAUGGAGGUGACUUCGAGGUCACAUAUGAAGACACCCAGCAAAUGAAGUACCUGGAUUUGGUGAUAAAUGAGUCCAUGCGAGUUAUACCGCCAGUUCCAGUUGUGUCGCGACAAACGGCACAGGACUUGACACUGACAAAUGGAAUUGUGGUACCGAAAGGAGUGCAAAUUGCCAUAAACAUGUUCCACAUGCAUCGAAGCAAGCAAAUCUGGGGACCAGAAGCGGAAAUCUUCAAUCCCGACAAUUUCUUGCCUCACAAUAGUCGGGACAAGCACCCAUACGCUUUUAUACCCUUCACAAAGGGCAUACGGAAUUGUAUAGGCUGGAGAUAUGCUUUGAUAUCAAUCAAAGUCACAUUGGCCAAACUGCUGAGGAACUAUAGUUUUAAGACCAGUUUUAAAUUUGAAGAUCUUUAUUAUGUUGAAGAUAUUACCAUGAAACUUAAAGCGGUUCCAAAGUUGGAAGUCGAAAGGAGAAUAUAAAAAGAAUAGUAAAAAGUCUGCCAAUAUUUGGAAUUUUUA